AUUAUUUACUUGAAUAUUGGAAAAAUAAUUUGAUUAGUUUUAAUAAUAACAACUUUGUAAAAUGUGGAUCACGAUAAAGCUCAAAGGCUUGGUCGUGUUUAAUUUUUUUUUUCUUUUUUUCUUUUUGUAUGAUUAACUUGAAAUGGUCAAUUGCGUGACCAUAUAUUUUUCACACCCAAAAUAGCUAAAUUAUUUAUUUUAUUGAUCUAAAAAAAUUUUGGUAUUUACAUAUACACUCCUUACUUGCUUAGUUUUUUUUUGUUUUGUUUCUUAUCAAAAAACUCUCCUUUUUUUUCGAUAAAAAUUUAUAAAACUAUUUUGAAAAUUGAAAACAGUAGUGUUAUUAACAUUAUUAUGUAACAUAUUUUACUUCAAGGCUAGAUUGUAGAAUCCAAUUGGCUGAAAGCAUAUAUUUUUUAUGACUAAAUUGUGCCAUAAUUUUAACACCAAUGAAAAUGAAAAGAAAGGAUAAAAAAAAAUACAAUAAGAAAAUAUAAUGAAAAUAUUUUAAACGUUAUUUAUAAAAAUUAUAUUAAUACACAAUAUAAAAAAAUAAAAAUAAUGUUUUAUUCUUUUUUCUAUAAUUAUCUGUUUAACAUACUUGAAAAAUUAAUUUACAUAUAAAAAAUUGAUUAUUGGUUAAAUAUUAAUUAAACUAGUGAAGCACGUUGAAGAGAAAAGAAAAAAAAAAAAUGCUAUGAACUAAUUUCUAUUAAUAAAGAAAAAAAAAGAAAAUAAAAUCCCUAAGAUCAUAAAUAUUUUUAGCUUUAUUAAUUUGUUGGUAAAUAUUUUUUUAUAUUUUUUAUUAUCUAAAAAUUUUUAAGCAACACUUUGUUCAAUUUUAUCACAUUAUUAUCAGACUUUUUUGUUUACUCAUAUUUUAAUAUCUUUGAAUAUCAGUACGUAUUUAAUACAUGCUAAAUUUUUCAACGUGUCAUUAAAAAAAAAAAAGAAAAUAUUUAAUAAUUAAAUACUCAGAGAAAAUAUCAGCUAAAAUGUUUAAUGAAAAAUAUUAAAAUUUUAAAUGACUCAUCUAUACAAAAAUAAAAAAAAUUAAAUUUUAAAAUAAUUUUCUUUUUAAAAUAGUGAUGAAUUAAAAAUUGUAUAAUUAUUAUUACUAUUGAUUUAUUUUUAUUAUUGAUACGUACUUGUUUAACAAGUUGUUAGUUUAUUUAAAAAUCAUGUGUACUAAAUUGAGAUCACAGCAUAAGCAAUAAAUAAAAUAAAUAAAUAAAAAGAUAAGACUCAAGAAGAAGUGGCUCAAGUGUCUAUAGCUGACCGAGAAAACGUCAGUAAUCCUCUGAUGUUGUGCUAAAAGUCAUGCUAUUUUGACAGUCAUCAUAUAAAUGUCAUCGACAAAUAAAUAAAACCAAUAUUAUUAGCAAUAAAAAGUACAAAAAAUAAAAUGAAAAACGCGUGUUUGAGCUGAAACAAAAAUAGGAAAAAUAAAUAUUACAAAAUGAUUAUUAUUUCUUCACUAUUUUAAAUAUUUUUAAAUUAUAAUAUUUUAUGGAAUUAAUAAUUUUUGAAUGAAAUAAUAAUUGUUAUAGGCCUUGUUGUAGAUUUGUACGGCCUUUCACUUGAUCCUGAGCAAAUGGCAAUUCAUUGCAGUCUGGUCGUUGCGUGCGACCAGUCUACAAUAUUCAAGUUAAACGUCAUAACAGAUGUUUUUUUUAUUUAAAUAUAUACUCAUCAUUAUUAUUUUUAUUUUUUUUUAUACCUCACUCGACACUGAGACGUUGAUAAUACUAUAGAAAAAAAUUCUAUAGAGUUGUUAUUCGGUAGUUUAUAAAUAUAAAAUAAAUUUGUGAUUCAUCAAAUAAAAAUAUGGAACGAAUACCAACUAUAUUUGGUGGUGAUCCGAUGGUAUUGGAUCACAAGCCUACGAAUCUUCACAGUGAUUACGGGAGUUUCGAUCGUGCAUUGCCACACAACAGAGAGGGUAACGAUAGAGAUAUUGAGGCAGCAGUUGAUGGAAGUACAAGUGGUAUGGCACAAACAAGUGAUAUAUAUCAAAGACAACCAUUAUUACCUGGUGCACCUAUUAAUAAAACAAAAGAAAGAUGGGGUAGUGGAGUUGGUAGUGGUGGAGGUGGUGUUGGCACAAGCAGUGAUUAUUAUGAUGAUGAUGAUGAUAAUAAUAAUGAUAAUAAUAAAAUGGAUAAUGAUAAUCAUUCACGUCAAUGUAUACAAAAUGGUAGUGGAAUUGUUAAAAUUGAUAUACCAGUACCACUCAGAGAAGAGCCAAGAUUUCCAAAAGAAAAAUGGAAAACAUUUCUUGCAUGUUUGUUUAUGGCAUUUAAUUUUAUUUUAACAACAACAUCAUUAGCAAUGUUACACGAAAGAGUACCGGAUCGUGCAGUUUAUGGUCCAUUGCCAGAUAUUGUUCUUGACAAUGUUGAGGCACAAGAUUGGGCACUGAGUGUGUCUGAAGUUUUAAUUGUUGUAUCAUCAAAUGCAGCAAUGAUAUUUAUUAUAUUUCACAAGCAUAGAUUUAUUAUAAUGAGAAGAAUAUUUAUACUCAUGGGAUUACUUUAUAUGAUGAGAAGUAUAACAUUUUAUGUUACUGUUAUGCCAAUGUCAAGUAAAACAUAUUUUUGUAGUCCAAAAUUAAAUCAUACAACUCCACUUAUUAUUGCUAAAAGAGUGAUACAAUUAAUAUCUGGUUUUGGUCUUGCAAUUAAUGGUAAACAUACAUAUUGUGGUGAUUUUAUAUUCAGUGGACACACGACAAUACUUGUUUUAUGUUAUCUUAUCAUCAAAGAAUAUUCACCGAAAAGAUGUAAACCGAUACAUUGGCUGGCAGGUAUUACAGCAUUUGUCGGUGUUGUUAUGGUUCUUAUUUCACAUGGUCAUUAUACGAUUGAUGUUAUCAUUGCUUAUUGGGUAACAACAAGACUUUGGUUUAUUUAUCAUACAAUGGCUAAUAAUCCUAUUUUAAAGUUGCAUGGACCAAACAAUUUUUUGGCACGACUUUGGUGGUUUCCACUAUUUAAAUAUUUUGAAAAAAAUGUUGGUGGAGUUGUGCCACGACAGUAUGAAUGGCCUUUACCCUGGCCUCGAAAAUUUCUUGCCAAGCAUCCAAAUCGUGACAGUUAGUAUACAUUUCAACUAUAAAAUGAAAAUCAAAUUUUCACGAUAUGUAUAUAAUUUAUAUUUACAAUUAUAAUAUUAUAUAGCCAAAUAAAACUUCGAUAAAAAAUAUAGAAAAAAAAAUAUGAAAGAACAUUUAAAAAACGUAAAUUAAAUAGUGAAAAAUUAAAAUCUUAAAAGAUAAUUAAAAUUUAUCGAAAAUGGGGCCUUAUAAAAUGCCCAAAAUCUCGGGUGCUGAAUGAGGGAUUUAAAAAAUAAAACAAAUUAUUAUUAAAAAUAAUGUUAGUUCGUCUUUUUACGCCGAAGUUCUUCCGUUAUUUGCUUUCGUUUAUUUUUUAUACGACAAAAAAAAAAAAAAACUAAAACUUAAAAAAAAUAAAAACAAUCUUAACACUGUAAAUAAUAAUAAAAAUAAUAAUUUGUUUUCGAUAAAAUUAAUAUUUUUCAUAUUUUAAUUGUAUUAGAAUUUUUUAUUAAUAUCUAUGUGAAUUUUUUGAACAAUUAAAAAGUGCAUUACCGAAAAGUGAAAAAAAAAAAACACAAAAAAAAAUAAAUAAAUAAAUUUAAAUAUCAACAAUUGAUUGUUGUAUGAUAAAAUGUUAAAUAGCAAAACAAUUAUUUACAAAAGAAAGAAAAAAAAAAUGUAAAAUACGUGUUAUUUUUUAAGUUUGAAAUUAAUUAUUAUUUUUUUUUUUUUAUUAGUAAAAUCUAUUUGUGCCAAGCGUUUCAAAAUUUCCAUUAGUUUUUCCCUGCAGAUAUUCCUCGAUCGCCUAAAUCAACGAUGAGAAAUUAAAAAAAAAAAUAUUGUUGUUCUUUUUUUUGUUUAUUUUUUUGUAACACAUCAUCGAUGAUUGUGGCGAAAUAAGCACUGAACUCUCCCACAAUUAGUCGAGGUAUUGUAGAUCGUGGAAUCUCAUGGGACCAAAACAAAAACAUAAAAAAGCAAAUUACAUAAUUAAAAUAGACAUAGGAAUAAAAAUAGACAA